UGUCUUCUGAUUGUAGCGCCAUCUGCAGAAACAAAAUGAAUAAAUUUGGUGGAACCCGCGUCCACUCGUGGUUCAAACUUUGUUCAGUCAACAUCCACUGAUACCAGACAAUCGACAAUGGCAGACCUCAGCGGCAAGGAUGUUGAAAGGGCAGAAUUCGCCUUCUCUAUUUACGAUGAUGAUGGCACCAACGUCAUCGACGCGGUUGACCUUGGCAACGUCCUUCGCGCGUUGAACUUGAACCCCACAAACGCAACCAUCGAGAAACUGGGCGGCACGAAGAAGAAGGGCGAGAAAAAAUUGAAACUCGACGAAUUCCUGCCCAUCUUUAGCCAGUGCAAAAAAGACAAGGAACAGGGUUGCUACGAGGACUUCCUUGAAUGUUUGAAGCUGUACGACAAACAGGAAAACGGAAUGAUGCUGGGCGCAGAACUGUCUCACACACUUUUGUCACUUGGUGAGCGUCUCAACGACGCAGAAUGCGAAACUGUACUAAAGGAUUGCAUGGACCCAGAGGACGAUGACGGUUUCAUCCCUUAUGCCCCCUUCUUGAAGAAGAUGAUGGUGCCAUUGUAAACGGUCAAGGUGUUAUCGAGACAAAAAUUAUCCAUCAGUUCCUUCGUAGACUAUGUGAGAGGGCAGCCGCUGGUAACGAUGAGUAGUAGAAUGACCACCGUCAACAUUUAUUCACAUAAACGAAGGACACACUCGCCAUAAUAUUCGCUCGUUGCAUUCGUCACACCGUUGCAUUCAUCCCCCUAUUUGAUCAUAUACAUCACGCGAUCACGCAAAAACCCACAAUUUGACAACUUACACGUAAACAACAAUGAUCCUGGAAUCAGCAUUGUCGAGACAAGCAUUUUAAGGGAAAGGGAAGCAGCAAAGAAGGAAAAUCCACGCAAACAUAUCGAGUACAAAAAAAAAACAACAUUUUAUCUCGAACGCAGCAUCGUUUUAUUCGAUUCGAUUUCACACAUUGUUGCGAUACAAACAUUUACUUAAACUCAUAAAAGGCAAAAUGUCUUAAUAUAACAACAUUAUGUACAAAGUCGAAUAAAACGGUCAAUGUUAAUUUACUUCUUACUGUUACUGUAAUAAAUCUUUCCUCUCAAACUGUCAAAGAGGAUUAAAAGCCGC